GGAAACAGCCGUGGAUCGCCGAGCGAGCGAGCCGGGCUCGUCGCUCCGAAGCCGCGCCGACAGUUGCAUGUCGGAUCUUGUGCCGUUCGUACGGUUUCGUCCCGGCUGGCUGACUGUCCUCGCAUCCUCGGCGAGACACGGAUAAAGCUCGGGAUGGAAAACCAGCAGGUAUGGGUUCGGGACCCCCAGGAGGGUUUCAUAAUCGGAAAAUUCACGGACAUGGUGGACGGGGAUGCUCUGAUCGUGCCCCUUGACCCAAAGUACCCCCAACGUACGUGUCCGCUGGACGAAGUGUAUCCUGCUGGCGAAUACACUAAGGAUGUCGAGGACAAUUGUGCCUUGAUGUACCUGAACGAGGCCACGCUGCUGAACAAUAUUCGCACGCGUUACUUCAAGGACAGGAUAUACACUUACGUCGCCAACAUUCUGAUAGCCGUGAAUCCAUACUACGAGGUGAAGGACCUCUACUCGCCGCAAACGAUCAAGGCUUAUCAGGGCAAGUCUUUGGGCGAAACGCCACCGCACGUCUUCGCCAUCGGUGACAAAGCGUUUCGGGAUAUGAAAGUGCUGAAACAAUCUCAGAGCAUUAUCGUGUCCGGUGAAUCGGGAGCGGGGAAGACUGAGUCGACCAAGUAUCUCCUGAAGUAUCUCUGCGAUCUAUGGGGAUCCACGGCCGGCCCGAUCGAACAGAGGAUUCUCGAUGCGACCCCGGUGCUGGAGGCGUUCGGUAACGCAAAAACGAAGCGCAACAACAACAGCUCUCGCUUCGGCAAGUUCAUGGAGGUGCACUUCGACGCCAAGUGUCAGGUGGUCGGCGGAUACAUCUCCCACUACUUGCUGGAAAAGUCCAGAGUAUGCUUGCAGAGUCCGGACGAGCGGAAUUAUCACGUGUUCUACAUGAUGUGCGCUGGUGCGCCGGCCGAUCUCCGCGCAAAGUUGGGAAUAAACAAGCUGGACGAUUUUCAUUAUCUGAGAAACGGUUGCACUCAGUAUUUCUGCAAUACAAAUUCGGAGAAGCGAUUGAACGAGGCGCAGAAGAGCCGCGAGCAGAUGCAAAAGGGCAGCCUCCACGAUCCCAUCUUGGACGAUGUCGAGGGGUUCAACGCUAUCGAUCAGGCUUUCACCCGACUCGGUUUAACGGAUGUCGAACGUAUGGAGAUCUACACGAUGGUGGCUGCGGUGCUUCAUCUCGGUAAUAUUACAUUCGAGGAUAAUCCGGAGGACACGAAGGGCGGUUGCAGGAUAACCGUUGAUUCGGGAAAAGCGGUAGCGAUAUCCGCAAAGUUAUUAGGGGUGGAUCCUGAAGAGUUGCGACAGGCUCUGGUCUCGAAGGUGAUGCAAACUAGCCGGGGUGGUAUCAAAGGAACGGUUAUCAUGGUGCCCCUGAAAGUUUACGAGGCUAAUAACGCCAGAGACGCUCUUGGGAAAGCUAUUUACAGCAAAUUGUUCGAUCAUAUUGUCGCGCGGAUUAACAAAAGCAUUCCUUUCAAGGCUUCGAGUUAUUAUAUCGGCGUGUUGGAUAUCGCAGGAUUCGAAUACUUCAAAGUCAAUAGCUUCGAGCAAUUUUGUAUAAAUUACUGCAACGAGAAGCUCCAGCAAUUUUUCAACGAGCGGAUCUUGAAAUACGAGCAAGAACUGUACGCCCGAGAAUCCUUGAAUGUCCCGAAAAUCUCCUACGUCGAUAAUCAGGAUUGCAUUGAUUUAAUUGAGUCGAAGAAUACGGGUAUCUUCAGCCUGCUGGACGAGGAAUCGAAAUUGCCGACUCACAGUUUCGCGCAUUUCACCAACGAGGUUCAUCGCGCGUGGAACGGUCACUUCCGCAUCACUUUACCACGAACGUCACGAUUGAAGGCUCAUCGAGAAUUACGAGAUGAUGAGGGCUUCGUGAUUCGCCAUUACGCCGGCGGUGUUUGCUAUCAAACGAAUCAGUUUAUUGAGAAAAACAACGAUGCGCUGCAUGCCUCUCUGGAAGCGCUCAUUCAGGAAAGCGGCAAUAAAUUCCUCAGGACGCAGUUCGCCAAUCAUUCCCUGCAAAAAGGGAAGCUGACGUUCAUCAGCGUUGGCAGUAAAUUCAAGACGCAGCUCGGUGAACUUAUGGACAAGCUGAAAAGCAAUGGAACCAACUUCAUAAGAUGCAUCAAGCCAAACAGCGAUAUGGUGGCACAUCAAUUCGAUGGCAAUAGCAUUAUGAAUCAGCUACGUUGUUCGGGAAUGACGUCGGUUUUGGAAUUGAUGGAGCACGGAUAUCCCAGCCGAGUUCCUUUCCACGAGCUUUAUAAUAUGUACAAGUCCUAUUUACCGCCGGAGCUCGCCAAACUCGAUCCUAGAUUUUUCUGCGAGGCGCUGUUGCAUAGCUUGAAAUUAAACCAGAAGGAUUUCAAGUUCGGCAUCACCCGGGUCUUCUUCAAGCCGGGCAAGUUCGCGGAAUUCGACCGAAUUAUGAAAUCUGAUCCGGAGAAUUUGCGCAAGCUGGUCGCCAACGUGAAGAAGUGGCUUCUGAAGUCGCGAUGGAACAAAUUGCAAUUUUGCGCGCUGUCGGUGAUCAAGCUGAAAAAUAAGAUCAUCUAUCGGCGACAACAUCUGAUCGUGUUGCAGAAAACGGCGAGAAUGUAUAUCGCGAAGAAGCAACACCGACCGCGAAUACGCGGUAUUGUGAAGAUUAAGAAUCUGCGAAAGCAAUUGACGCGAAUGGAGGAGACAGCGAGCCAAUUGAAGAAUCGGGAGAGGUCGACGCUGGACAUGAAAAGGCUCGAUGACGACUUGGAGACGGCUAUACGCAAAAUUAAAAACAACCCAAAGAUCACGCCAACGGAGAUCGAUGGUCUCUAUACGUCUCUGGUGAAUCAAGUGAACAAGCAAAUGGCCGCACUUCAAGAUAUGGUGAAACAGCAAAAAAUUGCCGAGGAACAGGCGAGAUUGAGAAAGAUUCAGCAGGAGCUCGAGUUAGAAAAGAGAAAAGAGGAGGAAGAACGCAGAAAGAGAGAAGAAGAGGAGAAUAGAAGGAAGAAGCUCGAAAUGGAAGCCAGGAGAAAAAUUGAGGAAGAGCAGAGGAGAAAGCAGGAACAAGAGGAUCAGAAAACGGCGGCUGCUCUUCAGGCACAAUUGGAGAAGGAAGCUAUGGAAGAAAGUCGAUAUCGAGAAUUAUUAGAGCAAGAAAGAAGAGAUCACGAAUUGGCGGUCAGACUUGCUCAAGAAUCAAACGGACAAGUCGAGGAUUCUCCGCCACCUAUUCGAAGUGGCUCCGAUGUACGAGCACCUAUGAACAACAACAGGCUAAUAAGAUCGGAGCAAGUGCGUAAUCAGCAGGCGGCUAUGAGCAACAAGAAGUACGACCUGUCCAAGUGGAAGUACUCGGAGUUGCGAGAUGCAAUCAACACGUCCUGCGAUAUCGAGUUACUUGAAGCCUGCCGUCACGAGUUUCAUCGCAGACUGAAGGUUUAUCACGCCUGGAAAGCGAGAAACCGCAGGAAAACUACCAUGGACGAGAAUGAAAGAGCACCAAAGUCCAUCAUGGAGGAAGCCGCGAAAACCCCAAGGACACCGAUGAAGCAACAGAUAGUCGAGUCGUCCCAGAGAUAUUUCCGGAUCCCCUUCGUCCGUUCUUCCGCUGCCGGGCAGCAGGAUAACACGCACGGUGGCGGCAAAAGGGGAUGGUGGUACGCGCAUUUCGACGGGCAAUACGUGGCACGACAAAUGGAACUUCAUCCCGAUAAACCGCCCAUACUCCUCGUAGCAGGUAUUGAUGAUAUGCAAAUGUGUGAGCUAAGUCUCGAUGAGACCGGUUUAACGAGGAAACGCGGUGCCGAGGUUCUGGAACAUGAAUUCAAUCGCGAGUGGGAGAAAUACGGCGGCAAACCAUAUGUAGCACCGUGCGAUCGCAAAAAGUGAAGAUCUCACAAUGAGGUGCAAUUACUUUUGCGUUACAUCGUGAAAAACACACAAUAAAUCAAUACGGAGAUUCGCGAGGAUCUUUAUGCGACUUACGUAGUUUUUUGUCCGGUGAACGCAUCGACGAUCUUGUGCCUUCCGAAACGUGCCUUGUGCAUUGAUGGCACGCGAACGAUAUUUUUGUAUUAUAAUUUAUAAAUUACGGUGUAGUUACGUAAAAAAGAUUUUUCUCGUCGGUAUGUUUAUUGGAUAUUCAUUAGUAAAUUUUUUCUUCCCUUUUUUUUUUUUUUUUUUUUUUUUUUUUUAAACUUCUGGCGAUUCUAGGAAUUGUUAACCAAUCAGUAUUCUGUGACGCAUUUAAAAUAUGAAUAUGUAAAACAUUGAAAAAUUUUAAACUUUAAAAAAAAGAUGUGCGAAAGAUUAUCGGGAUCUGUUAUCGCCAAUUACCUUUUUGCAAUAAGAUUUUGUAAUUCUGAUAUAUAGUUAUUUAUAAAUAGGAUGAACGAGAGUAGAGUAAGGUAAGAUGUAAGAUUCCUUAAGUUUAUUAUCGUUAACAUGUAUUUCCAAAUUAUAAUCUUGUAAUAAUGUUGUUGUCUAUAAAAUCCUUUACGCCGAUUUAGUGAUGAGAUUUAGUAGAUAAGUCAUUUCGAAUAGAAACAAUAAAGAGUACUAAA